GGCAGGAGUGCCAGGUCCGAUGUUUUCUGUGUCCUUCCCCGAGGCAGGGACGAGGCGGUGACUUGACUCUUGGGCGCAGAGCCCGGGAGGGAGCGCAGGAAACGCUGUCCCUUCUGCCCGGCUCACCUCGCGCUACUCUUCGUCUUCUCCACCCGCAGCCACCUGAACUCCUGCUCAAGACCGACCGCCCCAGGCAGGGUGGUGGCUUUGCGCCCCACCUCCCCCCCGGGCCGUGGCGAGGCCGCUGCCCUCGGGGCGGCAGUAGCGGCGUCAGCGCUGGGGAGGCGAAGGAGGGAAGAUGGCGUCGGAGCUGGAGCCUGAGGUGCAGGCCCUCGACAGGAGUUUGCUGGAAUGUUCAGCUGAGGAGACCGCGGGGAAAUGGCUGCAAGCAACUGACCUCACUAGAGAAGUAUACCAGCAUUUGGCCCACUAUGUACCCAAAAUCUACUGCAGGGGUCCCAACCCUUUUCCACAGAAAGAAGACAUGUUGGCACACCAAGUUUUGUUGGGACCAAUGGAAUGGUACCUUUGUGGUGAAGAUCCUGAGUUGGGAUUUUCCAAACUUGAGCAAACAAAUAAACCUUCUCAUCUUUGUGGUCGUGUUUUUAAAGUGGGAGAACCUACAUACUCUUGCAGAGACUGUGCAGUUGAUCCAACUUGUGUUUUAUGCAUGGAGUGCUUUUUGGGAAGUAUUCACAGAGACCACCGAUAUAGGAUGACAACAUCAGGAGGUGGAGGUUUCUGUGACUGUGGUGAUACUGAAGCUUGGAAAGAGGGUCCUUACUGUCAGAAACAUGAACUUAACACCUAUGAAACUGAGGAAGAAGAGGAUCCUCUUGUCCAUUUAUCAGAAGAUGUGAUAGCAAGAACUUAUAACAUUUUUGCUAUUAUGUUUCGAUAUGCAGUAGAGAUACUAACCUGGGAAAAAGAAAGUGAAUUGCCAGCAGAUUUAGAGAUGAUUGAGAAGAGUGACACCUACUAUUGCAUGCUGUUUAAUGAUGAGGUUCAUACCUAUGAACAAGUUAUUUAUACUCUUCAAAAAGCUGUUAACUGUACACAAAAAGAAGCCAUUGGCUUUGCAACUACAGUAGAUCGAGAUGGACGUAGGUCUGUUCGAUAUGGAGAAUUCCAGUAUUGUGAACAAGCAAAAUCAAUAAUUGUGAGAAAUACCAGUAGACAGACAAAGCCACUCAAAGUUCAAGUUAUGCAUUCGUCUAUUGUUGCACAUCAGAAUUUUGGUUUGAAACUUUUGUCUUGGCUGGGAAGUAUUAUUGGAUAUUCAGAUGGCCUUCGCCGAAUUUUAUGUCAGGUUGGUUUACAAGAAGGGCCAGAUGGUGAAAACUCUUCUCUAGUGGAUAGAUUGAUGCUUAGUGAUUCCAAAUUGUGGAAAGGUGCUAGGAGUGUGUAUCAUCAGUUGUUCAUGAGCAGUCUACUUAUGGAUUUGAAAUACAAGAAACUGUUUGCUGUUCGAUUUGCAAAGAACUAUGAGCGUUUGCAGAGUGAUUAUGUGACAGAUGACCACGACAGAGAGUUUUCAAUCGCAGACUUCUCGGUUCAGAUUUUCACAGUCCCUUCACUUGCUCGGAUGCUUAUCACAGAAGAAAACCUGAUGACCACUAUCAUUAAGACUUUCAUGGAUCAUUUGAGGCAUCGAGACGUCCAAGGCAGAUUUCAGUUUGAACGCUAUACUGCUUUACAAGCCUUUAAGUUUAGGAGGGUUCAGAGUCUUAUUUUAGAUCUCAAGUAUGUGUUAAUUAGCAAACCAACUGAAUGGUCAGAUGGUCUGAGGCAGAAGUUCCUGGAAGGAUUUGAUGCCUUUUUGGAAUUACUCAAAUGUAUGCAGGGAAUGGAUCCAAUUACACGUCAAGUAGGACAGCAUAUUGAAAUGGAACCAGAGUGGGAAGCAGCCUUCACACUACAAAUGAAAUUAACACAUGUCAUUUCAAUGAUACAAGACUGGUGUGCUUUAGACGAGAAAGUGUUAAUUGAGGCUUACAAGAAAUGCCUUGCUGUAUUGAUGCAGUGUCAUGGUGGUUUUACUGAUGGUGAACAGCCAGUGACGUUAAGCAUUUGUGGACAUUCAGUGGAAACUAUCAGAUACUGUGUUUCCAAAGAAAAAGUUAGCAUUCACCUCCCAGUUUCUCGCUUACUUGCAGGUUUGCAUGUGUUGUUAAGCAAAAGUGAAGUGGCAUAUAAAUUUCCAGAGCUCCUACCUCUAAGUGAACUUAGCCCACCCAUGUUGAUAGAACACCCUCUUAGAUGUCUUGUUUUAUGUGCCCAAGUACAUGCAGGAAUGUGGAGAAGAAACGGUUUCUCUCUCGUAAACCAGAUUUAUUACUACCACAAUGUGAAAUGUAGACGUGAAAUGUUUGAUAAGGAUAUAGUAAUGCUUCAGACAGGUGUCUCCAUGAUGGAUCCAAAUCAUUUCCUGAUGAUAAUGCUUAGCCGCUUUGAACUUUAUCAGAUUUUCAGUACCCCAGAUUAUGGGAAGAAAAUGAGUUCUGAGACUCCCCAUAAGGAUUUAGUUCAGCAGAACAACACUCUAAUAGAAGAAAUGCUUUACCUCAUUAUAAUGCUUGUUGGAGAGAGAUUUAUUCCUGGAGUUGGACAGGUUAAUGCUACAGAUGAGAUUAAACGAGAGAUUAUCCAUCAGUUGAGCAUCAAACCUAUGGCUCAUAGUGAAUUGGUAAAGUCUUUACCUGAAGAUGAGAACAAGGAGACUGGCAUGGAGAGUGUGAUUGAAGCAGUUGCCCAUUUCAAGAAACCUGGAUUAACAGGACGAGGCAUGUAUGAACUGAAACCAGAGUGUGCCAAAGAGUUCAAUUUGUAUUUCUAUCACUUUUCAAGGGCAGAGCAAUCCAAGGCAGAGGAAGCUCAACGGAAAUUGAAAAGACAAAAUAAAGAAGAUACAGCACUUCCACCUCCAGUUUUGCCGCCAUUCUGCCCUCUGUUUGCAAGUCUGGUUAACAUUUUGCAGUCAGAUGUCAUGUUGUUAAUCAUGAGGACAGUAUUGCAAUGGACUGUAGAACAUAGUGGACACAUCUGGUCUGAGUCUAUGCUGCAAAGGGUAUUACAUUUAAUUGGAAUGGCACUACAAGAAGAAAAACAGCAUUUAGAGAAUGUCAUGGAGGAGCAUGUCAUAACAUUUACCUUCACGCAGAAGAUAUCGAAACCUGGUGAGGCUCCAAACAACUCACCUAGUAUACUAGCUAUGCUGGAAACACUGCAGAAUGCUCCCUACCUAGAAGUCCACAAAGAUAUGAUUAAGUGGAUAUUAAAGACUUUCAAUGCUGUUAAGAAGUUGAGGGAGAGUUCAUCCACCAGUCCUGUGGCAGAGGCAGAAGGAACCGUAAUGGAAGAGAGUUCGAGAGACAAAGACAAAGCUGAGAGGAAGAGAAAAGCUGAGAUUGCCAGAUUACGCAGAGAAAAGAUCAUGGCUCAGAUGUCUGAGAUGCAGCGGCACUUUAUUGAUGAGAACAAAGAACUCUUUCAGCAGACGUUAGAACUGGAUUCCUCUAUCUCUGCUGUACUUGAUAAUGGCCCUGUGGUUUCAGAUAUGACUCUUACAGCAUUGGGCCCAGCACAGACUCGGGUCCCUGAACAGAGACAGUGUGUCACCUGUAUAUUGUGUCAGGAAGAGCAAGAGGUGAAUGCAGAAAGCAAGGCAAUGGUCCUGGCAGCAUUUGUGCAGAGAUCAACUGUGUUAUCAAAAGAUAGAAGUAAAUUCAUUCAGGAUCCAGAAAAUUAUGAUCCAUUAUUCAUGCACCCUGAUCUGUCUUGUGGAAUACAUACUGGUAGCUGUGGGCAUAUUAUGCAUGCACACUGUUGGCAAAGGUAUUUUGAUUCCGUUCAAGCUAAAGAACAGCGAAGGCAACAGAGAUUACGCUUACAUACAAGCUAUGAUGUAGAAAAUGGAGAAUUCCUUUGUCCCCUUUGUGAAUGCUUGAGUAAUACUGUUAUUCCUCUGCUGCUUCCUCCAAGAAAUGUUUUUCAUGGCAGGUUAAAUUUUUCAGACCAACCAAAUCUGACUCAGUGGAUUAGAACAAUAUCUCAGCAAAUAAAAGCAUUACAGGUUCUUAGGAAAGAAGAAAGUACUCCUAUUACUGCCUCAUCGAAGAAUUUAGAAAAUAUGGAUGAAUUGCACCUUCCUGAAGGAUUUAGGCCUGAUUUUCAUCCUAAGAACCCUUAUUCUGAAAGCAUAAAAGAAAUGCUCGCAACGUUUGGAACUGCUACUUAUAAGGUGGGAUUAAAAGUUCAUCCCAAUGAAGAGGAUCCCCGUGUGCCCAUAAUGUGUUGGGGUAGUUGUGCAUAUACCAUCCAAAGCAUAGAAAGAAUUUUAAGUGAUGAAGAUAAACCAUUGUUUGGUCCUUUGCCUUGUAGACUGGAUGACUGUCUCAGGUCACUAACAAGAUUUGCUGGAGCACAUUGGACAGUGGUGUCACUGUCAGUGGUGCAAGGACACUUUUGUAAACUUUUUGCAUCAUUGGUGCCUGGUGACAACCACAGAGACCUUCCAUGCAUAUUAGAUAUCGACAUGUUUCAUUUAUUGGUGGGCUUGGUCCUUGCCUUCCCUUCGCUGCAGUGUCAGGACUUUUCAGGGAUCAGCCUUGGCACUGGGGACCUUCACAUUUUCCAUCUGGUCACCAUGGCACACAUCGUUCAGAUCUUACUUACCUCAUGUACAGAAAAGAGUGGCAUGGAUCAAGAAAAUGCUGCUGGCAAAGAAGAAGAAUUAGCAGUUCUUGCUUUGUAUAAAAUGAUUCAGCAGUAUACAGGAAGUGCCUUGAAAGAAAUGCCAUCUGGUUGGCAUCUGUGGAGGAAUGUCAAAGCUGGAAUCAUGCCUUUUCUGAGGUGUUCUGCUUUGUUUUUCCAUUAUUUGAAUGGAGUUCCUUCCCCACCUGAAAUUCAAGCUUCUGGAACAAGCCAUUUUGAACAUCUAUGUAACUAUCUUUCCCUGCCAAACAACCUCCUUUGUCUUUUUCAAGAAAAUAAGGAGAUAAUGAAAUUAAUGAUUGAAAGUUGGUGUCAUAACAUCGAAGUUAAAAGAUACCUGGAAGGUGAAAGAGACGCUAUAAGUUAUCCAAGAGAAUCUAACAAAUUAAUAGACCUUCCAGAGGAUUACAGCAGCCUCAUUAAUCAAGCAUCUAAUUUCUCGUGCCCUAAAUCCGGUGGUGACAAGAGCAGAGCCCCAACUCUGUGCCUUGUAUGUGGAACCCUGCUGUGCUCCCAGAGCUACUGCUGCCAGACGGAGUUGGAAGGGGAGGAUGUGGGGGCGUGCACUGCUCACACCUACUCCUGUGGUUCUGGGGUGGGCAUCUUCCUGAGAGUACGAGAAUGUCAAGUACUAUUUUUAGCUGGCAAAACCAAAGGCUGUUUUUAUUCUCCUCCUUACCUUGAUGACUAUGGGGAGACUGACCAGGGACUCAGGAAAGGUUGGAGUAGAAUAGAUGAAUACAACACCAAAUGCCUCCUGAGUGACAUGUGUCUUCUUUCUAGACGGGGAAAUCCUUUACAUUUGUGCAGAGAGCGAUUCAAGAAGAUUCAGAAGCUCUGGCACCAGCACAGCAUCACAGAGGAAAUUGGACACGCACAGGAAGCAAACCAGACACUGGUUGGCAUUGACUGGCAACACCUAUAGCUACGUCACUACCAAAUACAUGAACUUGGAUUUUUGUAAACCAGCUGGCUUUUCAAGAAAGAAAAUAGGAAAUAGCUUCUUCUGAAUUUGGAAAUGAAUUAUUUAAGCUUCCCCCCCCCCCCCCGCCCCCAGUUUUUAUUUUUAUAGCUUCUGGCUCCAGGAACUGAUGAAAAUCAUUUUCUGCCAGCAGAUUUUCUUGGAUCAUUUGCUGUGUCCUUCAAACAUAACUUCUUGAAUUUUCGAAUCCAGGAAGGAGCUUCUCUUCCUGGGCUGGACUCAGCCCAUUUGCGGGCAUCUGACUGCGUUUGACUGUUCCCCAGUCAUCUGAGCCAUGUUGCAUUACUGAGCACAGGGAACUCCAGGCCGGAAGCUGAUUCAACAGCAGCAGGAAGCAAAGUCUCUGGUCUUUUGGGGGUCACACUUCCUGGUCCCACUCAGUGACUCUCAACCUUGGGGCUGGAUCAGUGUACCCACAGCUGAUGGGACCCUACCUCUAAGCAAAGAAGUAUAUUUCGAAAGUGGCAUUCCCUGUUUCCACUGGCUGUGAGGGGGUUGGGGGACACUCUUGCUGGAGGAGCCUGUGGGAAUCCAAAGGGGAGAUGGUGGUGUCUUUAUGUGCCAGCUGAUUUUCUGGACUGUACAAGGUUGGAUUCCCACCUCUUUUUUUUUUUUUUCUUUUUGCAAGGCUUUUGGCUUUGAGGAAAAAAUACUCGUUUUAAAGGGCUUUUUGAAAACUUAAGAGUAUCCUAAUUUUUCAGAUAAUAUAUUCUGUUAUUUCUAAGACUAAGUUGAAAGAGUGUAUUCAUCUAGAAUCAAGCACUUGCAGAAAAAAUGAGAAUUCAGUGUUUUGAAAUUCCCUCACCCCCACCCACCCUUCCAGCAUUUUCUGGAAUAGAUGAAUUGCUGUUUACCUGCUAGUUCACUUAGUACAUUCCUGGGACAGCCUGUGUGCCCAGGCUUAUUAUUAUUUUUUAACCUUAUUGUUCUUACUAAGAGGUGCCUUCCUAGAAUGAUAGCCGCUUAGUAAAAUAGUUCAUAACCACGCCAUGCCACCCACCACUCUCGCGUGAUCAUGUGUGCUGAAAGCUUGGGUACGCGGAGGGUGGUGGCAGAUUUGGGGGAGGAGUCAGUUCGGAGUCUCUGUGAGGAGGGACUAAGGGAUGAAUGAAUAAUAAAUAAGAGGCUCUUGGACUUUUUCAGCCAAUGCAGAUAGCCGUUUCACUCAGUUUUCUUUGAACUGCGUCUGAAAGUUGUAUCCUGCUCAGCUUCACACCCUCCACAGUACACCCAGGAGGAAGGCCAGAAAUCCAGACGUUCAGCUAAAGGCAGUGGGGGUGCAGAAGCCACACUCGCUACUUCACCAGGGUGGUAUGUGAACCCCUUCCUCUGAAAGGAUGAACUUGACCCUUCUUGCCUGGGAUGGACUCACCCAUCUGAGAGGAGGCGCUUCUUGCCCAACAGGAGGAAAAUCCACGUUAGAACCCAGCGCUUACCCCCCUCUUCUGGCCUUUCUCCCUUUCUGUUGGUGUGGUCUGUGGAUGGCAUCAUGAUUUUAAUGUUUAUUUUGGGCUUGGUCACAUCCCCACUCCUUUAGCUCUUAAGUCCAGCUUCUUUUGGCUUUUCUCCGGUUGUUAACCAAGCUUAAACUCUGAAUAAAACCAGGUUUCUCCCUCUGUAGUAGGAUUAUAAACUUCUUCACUAAAUCAUAACAAUACUUCAACUUUUAAAACUGACUUCAUAUAAGCCUGCUGUUAGCAGAGGGUGUCCCUGGAUUCUGUUUUCUGAGAAGGUCAGGGAGUCUGAGAGAAAGUGAAUUUACAUCAAGUAGCAACACACCCUUUUAUCUUCUGGUGUGUGUAUCAUUAAGCCAAUUGUCUUCCCCAACUAAGGAAUCAUCUUAGUCUUAUGAUUUGUUCCGCAUGUAUUAUGUUUAUUGUAGAAAUGUUUAUAUAAACAUGCUUUCCAUAUCAGGGAAAAAUCAUAUCUGUUUAAUAAAUUGGCUAUAACUUUAUUAUCUGUGGACAACUUGUAAAAUUGGGAAUGUAUCAUAUGUAAAAAGUUUAAAGAUAUCCAAAUAAAUGCUUUAGGUGUAGACAUUA